UAGCUCUAGGUGUGGAUCGUCUGGCUGUAGUCAGCUACUGUUGCCGAAGUCUGCACAGGUUACCAUUGUUAAUAGAUACAGUGACACAUCAGCAUGUCGUUUAACUUCUUCAUCCAUCUCUUGUUUACUUUGUCCUUGAACACAUUUUAUGGAGUCCGAGCAGUGCCCGAGAGUUGUCCUGUUCCGUGUUCGUGUAUCUACAAAGGAAAGACGAUUAAAACUUUAGAUUGUUCAGAUCUGAACUGGGAACGCAUUCCCCCAAAGUUCGGUUUCCCAUCUUCCAUAAUACGCCUGUCUCUUGCCAACAAUAAGUUAGCAGUGCUUCACAAUGGGACAUUUAGAAACCUACCAGAUCUCCAGACACUUGACGUAUCGCACAACCAAAUAACAGUUUUGGAAAACUCCUGCUUUGAGGGACUUAAGUCGUUGAUAAAUCUUAAUAUGAGCUAUAACAGUCUCAAGAUGACAACAGAAGUGUAUUCUCCGGGAAUAUUCCGAUUUCUUAAAAAAUUGAAAGUUCUGAAUAUCCACGGAAACAUCAAACAAUCGACCGAGAAUCAAAACUACCCGGAUGUGGCACUUUCUGAUGUCCAGUCUCUGAAAGCAUUGACAAUGGACGGUCUUCCAAAUAUUGCAUUUGGAGAAGGAUUUAGGAAUUUAAGGUAUCUGACUACACUUGAUAUGUCGGUCCGAGAUGAUGAAAGUUCCUGUGUGCUGCUCGAUAUCCGCGCCAAUACAUUUACCAACCUCAGCAAUUCCACAUUGUCUGAACUGAGGUUGAUACAAUGUGACAUAUACAGGGUAGCGCGAGGGGCAUUCUCAAUGCUCAAACAUUUAACUGAAUUAGACUUGUCUAAAAAUGACCGGAUGUCGUUUGCCGGAAUGAAAAAUGCGAGCUUUGGAUUAGACCUAACAAAUAUUCAGAUUCUGUAUUUGAAUGGAAUUAACAGACACAGUGAUCCUUGGACACUGAAGCAAUCUGAUUUUGUUUAUUUUAAUAUGACAAACAUUAAAGUAUUGACUUUAGAUUCAAACAGAAUUACCAACAUAGAAGGAGGUGUUAUAGAUAUCCUUCCUACAUCUUUAGAGUUACUGACUAUUCGAGAAAAUUAUUUGACCGAUGCACACUUCUUAGCUAACUUGGUACACUUGAACAAUCUUUUAGUUUUUGAUGUAAGCUACCAGUUGGAUUAUUCCAUUAGAGAAAAACUGGGGGAAACGUUACAGCAUGAAAACCACACCUUUCCAGCACUCUCUAUUUGGACGGACGGAAAGAGGGAUAGAAUAGAGAAGGUGCAAAUGGCCGGGAGUGUGGUAGCCCCAACGUCUACCCUUACAAGAUAUUUCAAGAAGGUUGCAGUAGUUUCGCAGCAAAGUACGAUGGAGCCGAAAAAACUCCGAUAUAUUUCUUCACGCCCCGACAGAAAGAAAAUGGAUGAUAUGAUUUAUUUACCCGUGAAGGUGAAAAAAAUCCUCGGAAGCAAUCUAAAGAUAAACCCUUUAUCUGCUCCACCGCUCACAUUCGAUUCCAAUAACUCUCUAGAAUAUGUAGACCUGUCGUCAAACGGGGUCCACGCCUGGUAUGGGAAAUGGUCAGGUUUACAUUCCUUGAGUUUUUUAAAUAUUUCCUUUAAUGCUAUGUUCCGAUUGGCUCCAGACACAUUCGGUGACAUGGCUAAUUUGCAUACUCUCCUUCUGAACGGGAACAGACUCGGUCUUACUAUCAUGCAGGACAAGCAGUUUCUCACUUUUUCCAACCAGACAAAGCUAACUUAUCUUAAUUUGAGUGAUAAUGGUUUUACCGAUCUACCAGAAUUUGUCUUUACCAAACAAAUAAAUCUGAAACAACUAGAUCUCCAGCAAAACUUUUUGUCUGUCAUAAGUUUCCGAAUGAAAUCGUUGAAAAACAUAAGAGAGAUCAAUCUUUCAAAUAAUACAAUAACACGCCUAACGCGUAUCAAUAUGGAUGAGAUGGAUUAUUUGGUAAAGUUGUCAAACUUCACUAUCGACUUGACCGGAAAUCCUUUACUAUGCACGUGUGACCAGUUACAACAACUCCGGUGGAUGAAGGUAAGAAAAUUCCUGUUCCGGAACUUGAAGAGAUACACGUGUAAAGCUAGCAAUGGUAGUAUUGUUUAUCUUGCUGCGUUGGAUGACAUAACAGGACAAAUGGAAAUGGACUGUGUAGCAAUGGAAGUAGUUUACAUUUGCCUGGGCGUGUUCUUUGGUUUGUGUUUGUUUCUAUCACUUCCCGCCCUCGCCUACUAUAAACAGUCUCGUAUGAUGUACCUCUUUAGUGUAGGUAGAAAACACGUUGUUCCUUUAGGAAAAAAUGUUCAACAAGACGAAGAAGCAAAUCAAGAUCAAUUCGAAUUCACGGUUUAUUUUUCUCACGAUCCUUCAGCGAAUGAAUUUGUUAAGCGUUUCGAGGCUCACAUGAAAAACAAAGGCGUUUCUAUGUGCAUACCGGAGUUACAUUGGGAUGACCGAUUUAGAGAAACGACGGGCAUAGUUCAUGCCAUGAACAACAGUGCCUGUGUAGUGGCCUUUAUAGAUAACGACUACAUGCUGUCGUUUCAUCGUCUUUUCGAAUUCGAGGUGGCUGUCACUGAAGGAAUUCAGAAUCGAUUUAACAAUCUAAUCGUUGUGUUGUUAGAAGACCUAGACGCAAAACAUUUUCAAAUGAAUGAUUUUGUUGUAAUGUACUGCCGAGAAAAUCAUUACUUUGAUGUUCGUCGGUCUGGAGGUAAAUUAUUCGGCGAGUUGGAAAAUGAAAUUAUUAGAUAUAAGGAAUUUAAGAGGAAAAGCACACGACCAUUUUGAUAUAAUGUCAUUUGGAAAUGUGAGAAGUAUUUUUCCUUGUUGAGUAUGUGUUGGUUGAAUCAGGGACGUCCCUGGUUGAAUAUUUAGUGUGCCUUACAAUUUUGUGAUCUCUUACCAAAUUUAAAAGUAUGUUGAAAUUUCUAUUUCAUUAAUUUAUUUGAAGAGUAACAUUUUGUAUAUACCUAUAUUUAAGUUUUAUGCAAUAUGAAUAAGAUCAGUAAUCGAUGUCCUAUUAUUGAUAAUGUAUUUUUUUUAUCAUUUAAACAUUUCC